AUGCAGCAGUCUAGGAGACUGGUUCUAGGCGGUGUUGAAAAUUCCCUGCCGACACCUGUAUUUGCUAGAGCAAGUAGUGUGCCAGCCAAUAAAAGGCCCUUGACGAGGCCGGCAUCGAAAAAUUCAGGUCGAUCACUGAAACAUUUUUUGAUGAAAUUUAUUGAUUCAUUUUUUAAGGCAAAGCCGGUGGUAUAUCUGACGAAGCAUUUCGACAGGCGUUUACCGAAGUUCCGCGAUGUGAUGCAAAUAUUUUCGGCACGUGAAUUGAAAGAAAAGAUAGCAUCAGCAUGCAACACCCUGGAGAAUACCAAUAAUGAUUGGGACAGACGGGUUGCGGCGCUCAAAACUUUGCGUGCUUUUUUGGUGAGCGGAAAUGUGAGUGCAUCAGAUCUCAGCGAAGAUUUACGGCAACUGGAAAAUGCGUUUGUGGUCUCGUUGAAGGACUUACGUUCGCAAGUAUGUCGGGAAGCAUGUGUCACAUUUGCGUUCUAUUGCGAGAAAUUGGAGGAUUCAAUUACAAGUAUUGUUUCAAGCGCAAUGCCAACACUUAUAAAUCUGCUCCAGAACAGUGCCAAGAUAAUGGCGACAAGUGGUCUUUUAGCACUGCAAUAUGCGGUGAAGUAUGUUCGGAACGAGAAAGUGUUAUUUCAUUUGCAAACAGCGAUUUCUCAUAAAUCUCGUGAAAUCAGACGAUCAUCAGCAUGUCUCAUUUUGAUGGCGUUAACGAUAUGGGAAGGACGCAUUGUUGAGAAGAAUAUGCCAACUUUUAUGGAUUGCGUUAAAGUAGCACUCAACGACGCAGAUCCCGAAACGAGGAGCACAGGACGUGACAUGUUUGUAAGGCUUGAUCAGAACUAUAAGCAACAGGCUGAUAUAUUAUAUCGAUCGUUGGAUCCGUCGAGGCAACGUCAACUAUCGGGUUUUGUUUCGCAGUCAUCAUCAUCACAAUCGAUCGUUUCUGAAAAAGAUUCAUUACCCAUGUCACGUCGAAGUUCAUAUGCACUGCACAAGGCCAGUCCAGCGUAUUACUCUGGAAGGUCUACCUCUGAUCUCGAUCCAAAAGCUGCGAGGCGUGCUACAAAUGCGAACAAAUGGACUGGAACGUUACAUCAAAUCAAUGGGACUCCAGUUGCAGCUUCAUUACGAAAUACGACUGCAUCGCAACGUUUGAUUACAUCCUCCCAGCGAGUCGGUGGUCCGUUAGUAAAGCGCCAGAUUGCACCCUUAUCAGCUGCACCAAACAGCGCUGUUCGAUCACAACCUGGUAGUAGAAGUAAUUCACCAAAUACACGCCAUCCAACAUCACGGAUCACUCAAAGAACAAACCUUAUAGGUACAGCUGGACGUAUGCGCAAUCAAACAGAAGAUUUCGAAGAUGUUACUUCAGCAAGCUCCGAUUCGCUCAGGUUCGAAACAGCCGAAUUAACGAAUGCAUUGGCGUGCUGUGCAUCAACAUUAAUACCGGACAAGAAGGAAGGCCUUAAAGCAUUGUAUACAAUCAUAUCAAGCGAUCGUCAGAUCAGUCAUAUUGAUCUCAAGAAGAUUGUCGAUCGGCUUAACGUGCUCAUCGGCGAAGGAUCGCAUAAGUUACUGCAAUCAUUAUGCGACGCUUUGGUGGCAUUAUCGAAACGAUAUAGUAGUGAAUUGAACGAUUGGCUGAAUCACUUAAUACCGAAACUUGUCACCAAACAAGCAAAUGAUGUUCUGCCGAGCAAUCAGGAAAAAUUCCGUAUUAUGAUUGAUGCAGUACGGCAAAACUUCAACCCUGAGAAACAGCUUUAUGCUAUCUGCAAAUUCAUUCAAGAUCCUAUUCGAAAUAAUGUCAGCUAUAAGAUCAAACAUGGACUUUUGGUGUAUCUUUACGAAUUGAUGAAAAAGAUGGAUUCGGUAUCGUUACUCAAUCAAAGCGAAGUUCGACAGUCCAUCAACAAAAUACUGCAGUGGGUUGACGACCCCAAAAACGCUGGACUUUUAACGAUAAGCGAGAAGGUGAUAUCGAAUAUGUUUCACUUGAACGCAUCCGAUUUCACGUCAAUGAUGGCGACCUUCUCACCUGAUAAGAAGGAUCGACUGUCGGACAUUAUUCGUCGCAGUGCUUUGGGCGCAUCAACUGCUAAUGGAUACAACUCCGGUGACGCGCAUGCAGAUAUUCUGGAAACAACAGCACAGAUAAACGAGUUUGUCGAUAGUCGUUCAAUAAUGCACACAUCACCAAUGCGCUCACCCGUCACUGCUGGCAACGGAUCAUUCCGCAGCUUGCCCGAGAACGGUUCAUUCCGUCGCUCAAGUAGGGAGGACCCGAAUGGAAGUUUGUCGGGAUAUAUUCUCGACCCUGAAGGAUUGGCCAAUGAUCUGGAACAACAAGAAGAAUUGAUCACUAAGAUUGGUGAAGAGUUAUCGCUACAUAAUCAAAGAAGUGCCGAGCGAAUUCGUGCAAUGGCCGUUCUGUCGCAAGUGACGAGAGACAACCUUUUUUCGUUAUGGGACAAACACUUCAAGAUGAUUCUUCUACUGCUGAUGGAAACUCUCAAGGAUGAGGACCCCGAUGUGAGAAGGAUGGCGCUGAAACUACUCAAGGAAAUUUGUCAUUCGCAAGCAUCUCGCGUCAAUUUGUAUGCCGAGAUGACGUUAAUGCGUGUGUUGGAUGCGUGCACUGACGAGUCGAAAUUGGUGGUAUCGGCAGCAGAGGAUUGUGGUAAUGUGCUGGCAACACACGUUUCAUCAGCGACAUGUCGUAAAGUGCUGCUCGCUGUCAUCAAGUCGGAUACACAAGAACAAAAGAUCCAUACAGCGCUCAAAAUGUUAACGAAGGUCAUCGAUUCGUUGAACACACCCGAGCUCGAAUUGGUACUCGAUGAGUUAGCACCGCCAAUUGUUGAUACAUACAAUUACGAAAGCAGUUCAAUCCGGAAGGAGAGUGUUGUUUGCUUGGUGGCAAUGAUCAGAAUCGUCGGUGAAGAAGUGAUGCAACCAUAUCUCGCAAAACUCAACAAAGGAAAGCAGAAGCUAAUCGACGUUUACUUGAAACGAAUGAAGGGAACGAGCAGUCCAUAUUGA